UCCGUGUGAAUGGCAGCUGCCAUUUUUGAAGAAGAAGAUAGUAAACAAAAAUGAAUUUGGAGCUGCUAGAAUCAUUUGGACAGAACUACCCGGAGGAGUUUGAUGGCUCCCUGGAUUGCAUUUCGUUGGCCGUGACGUGUGCCUUUAACAAAUACGGAACCCUUUUGGCCGUAGGAUGCAAUGAUGGUCGCAUCGUAAUCUGGGAUUUUCUGACGCGGGGCAUUGCCAAGAUUAUUUCGGCACAUGUGCAUCCCGUUUGCAGUCUCAGUUGGACCAGGAAUGGUCACAAGUUACUUUCAGCUUCCACGGAUAACAACGUGUGCAUUUGGGAUGUGCUUACCGGCGAACUAGAACAAAAAUACAGGUUCCCUUCGCCUGUGCUGAAAGUCCAGUUCGAUCCGCGAAAUGACAACCGACUUUUGGUCUGCCCCAUGCGAUAUGCCGCCGUUCUGGUAGAGGUCGGCGGAACUCACCGUUGCCUGCCCUUGGAUUCCGAUGGUGAUUUGAACAUCGUGGCUUCAUUCGAUCGCAGAGGCAAACACAUCUACACAGGCAACGCCAAAGGAAAAAUACUCGUGCUAGAUGUUGAAACCUUUGAGGUGGUCGCCAGUUUUCGCAUUAUUGUAGGCACCUCAAGUGCAACGGCUGUAAAAAGUAUCGAGUUUGCGAGGCGGGGAGACGCCUUUCUUAUUAACACCUCAGACCGAGUUAUUCGUGUUUAUGACUCAAAAGAAAUUAUCACUCUAGGCAAAGACGGUGAACCGGAACCUAUACAAAAGCUGCAGGACUUGGUUAAUAAAACCACCUGGAAAAAGUGCUGCUUCUCCGGUGAUGGGGAGUACAUAUGCGCUGGCAGUGCUCGCCAGCAUGCUCUUUACAUUUGGGAAAAGUCUAUUGGUAACCUGGUGAAGAUCCUGCACGGCACCAAGGGUGAGCUUCUCUUGGACGUGGUUUGGCAUCCUGUGCGGCCUAUCAUUGCUAGCAUCAGCUCCGGCCUGGUAUCAAUUUGGGCCCAAAAUCAAGUGGAAAACUGGUCUGCCUUUGCACCAGAUUUUAAGGAAUUAGAUGAAAACGUAGAGUACGAGGAGCGAGAGUCAGAGUUCGAUAUUGCGGACGAAGACAAGUCUGUGGAUCUGAACGCAGACGCGCAACAGGACGAGGAAAUUGAGGUGGACGUGCAGAAAGUGGAGCCGGUGGCUGCCUUUUGCUCCUCGGACGAGGAGGGCGAGGACGAAAAUGCCCUACAGUUUCUGCCCAUGGCACCGGAAGUGGAGGAUCCCGAGGAUGGCUGGGCUGGUCAAGACGGACUGGAGCCUAGUGCAGUUAUGCUCAGCUCUGAACCACAUGACUAUGAGGACGACAUAUUGGCUUCCAAGCGACGACGCAUGCAGCUCUAUGAUGUCAGCUUACCUGAUGCACCCACUGAUGAAACGCACCCCCUAAUUUCUAGCAAGGCCAGCAAAGAUAAACAACAGCCCGUGGGUGGCAAAAAGGCUACCGGACGUACAAAAAAAUAAACAUCAUUCGACUUUGCGUAAUCGUUCUCUUUGUAUAUAAAUAAAGGCUCGCUCGUGUCGCAAAUCAGCCAAACAUAAUCGGCGAAAAGUA